GACCAGGAGAGAGAGAGAGAGAGAGCGAGAGAGCGAGAGAGCGCACCCAAAGACUCGUUUUGCUCUGAUUGCUCUGACUGCCCGCGAAGGUCCGAUGGCGGCAGAUCUGGUGCUCGACACAGCCAUCAGAGACUGGGUUCUCAUCCCUCUCUCGGUGGUCAUGGUCCUCAUCGGCGUCCUCCGAUACUUCGUCUCCAAGCUCAUGCGCUCCAACCAAGUCCCCGAUGCCAAAAUCGUCAAAGAAGGGCAAUUAAUUAUUAGGGCUCGGAAUUUACGUGCUGCUGCUAAUUUCAUACCUCCAAAGUCGUUUCGUGCUCGCCGAUUGUAUUACAACAACGAGGAAAAUGGGCUGUUAAUUGUUCCUAAGGGUCAGGCACAGAAUCCACAAGCGCAAAUGUUCUCUGAUCCCAACAUGGCCAUGGAUAUGAUGAAGAAAAAUCUGUCCAUGAUAAUACCCCAGACUCUUACUUUUGCAUGGGUCAAUUUUUUCUUCUCUGGAUUUGUUGCAGCCAAAAUUCCCUUUCCUCUUACUCAAAGGUUCAGGUCUAUGCUGCAGAAUGGGAUUGACUUGAGCACUGUUGAUGUUAGCUACGUCAGUAGCCGCUCAUGGUACUUUCUUAAUCUGUUUGGAUUAAGAGGUUUGUUCAGUCUCAUUUUGGGAGAAGAAAAUGCCAUGGAUGAUACUCAGAAAAUGAUGCAAAUGAGUGGCUUUGGCUUUGAUCCAUCAAAGAGUUUGGGAGCUGAGAAGGACAGCCUCGAUAUAGUCCAGCAUGACUGGGCCUUACCAAAUUUGAGCAUCGCGCUGAAGCAGUAUUGAGAAAACUUGCCAGAUGAAGGCUGAGAUUAUGCAGUUGGCUGCUCGACUGAAGCAUCGUUUCUGCUCACGUGCUCCACUCCUGGGUUUCGUCCACCCAGCAGUAAAGUCAGUUGACCUAUGAAAAAAUCUAGGUAGUUUGUAGAAGCUUAAGCUUAAAUUUGUUCUGAUCAUUAAACAAGACACUCUUUUUCGUUGAACAAACACAUUGCUGCUUGUAACUUGUAAUUCGUUUUCUUUUUGUCCGAAAAGUAACUCUUGAAAUGA